GAAGUAUAAUUUUAAGAGAUACUAAAAAAUGAAAUCUAUGAAAAAUUAAAUUUGAUCUUAAAAGUACUGUUAUUUCUUGUUAGAUGGCGACUAUGAUAAAAUCUCCAAUUUUCUUAACUUAACCCUGACUACUAGUGUAAUUAACCUGAUCAUGUUUAUAAUUAAUUGUUUUUAAGUCCAACUAGUCUCCCCAGUAGUCAGUCAUUAUAUAAGUUUCUAGGUCUAACUGACUGUUUUAAUUAUUUAUUUUUUUUAAAUUUCAGUGUUAAUCAAAAACACCCUUAAAAAUACUCCCGCCAUUGGCUAAGCGUUUAAAUGCCUUCUCAUAUGUUCAUUUUGUAACGUCUUUCUCCGUAAAAUCUUCACCCUAACCUAAUUAACCUAAUUUACCUAAUUUUUCAAUUUAUUUUUCUUUUGUUUAUUAUUAACAUUUUUGUGUUAUAGUUUUAUGAUUAUUAUUGAUUUGUAAGACUAAAAAAAUUCUACGUCUUUUGUUCCACAGUUAUCUUCAUUUUAGAAUCUACUUUUGGAUAUUUUACAUUUGUGUUGAUCCUUUCUUCGGCGGAAAAAGAUGAGUUCGCGACCUUAUAAUUCUCGAGGAAGAGGUCGAGGUUACAAUGGCAAUAGUCCUGGACGGCGUUAUGAUGGAAACACUGGCUAUCGUGGAAGAUCUCACCAAGGUGGUGAUCAUAACAGAAGGCGGAAUAUGGUUGAUAAUAAUUUGGUCAAGAGCCAAAAUGUUCAAUGGGACUAUAAUAAGUCUCAAAUUGGAUUAGAAGUUCCUGAAUUUGUGAAAAGGAGAGGAUAUUUGUCUGAAAAGUUUGGUCGCAAAAUCAAAUUAAUGACGAAUCAUUUUUCGUUCCAAUAUUCACCAGAUGUUCAAAUUUAUCAUUAUGACUUUUCAUGGAAUGGUACAGAUGAGAAAGAAGCAAAAGAGAGUAAACUAAACAGCUAUGAACGUUACAAGUUAUUCGACGCAGUUAUGGCACAAUACCCACAGUAUUUCAAGAGCUCUUCAGUCGGUUAUGAUGGUGAGGCAAAUGUGUAUUUACCAUAUAAGCUUCAAACGAAAUUGAGCGAUCUUUCUGUAUCGGCUGUCGAAUUGGAAGAUGGAGUUAAAAAAAAUUUUAGUGUGACUUUUAAAGGUGGUAAAGUCAUUUCUUUGGCAUUAGUUAAAGAAUAUUAUUAUGGCUGGAAGACCGAUGAUAUUAAACGGGAAUCUCUCCAAGAAGCCAUUCAGGCCCUUCACAUUAUUUUGAAGUUCCCUUCAAGAUACAGUAUGAUAGCUUUGGGUCGCCUCGCCAUGUUUCCGAUUAAUGCAGAGAGAUAUUAUUUGUCAAACUGGAUGGAAUUGGCUUUGGGUCAUAGAAAAUCUCUUCGAUUUUCAGAAAUUGGUUUGACAUUGGUAGUCGAUAGAGCAUCUGCUGCAUUCCUCAAGUCUGGUAAUGGUUUAGACUUUGUAAAAUCUAUAAUUGAUCGCCAAGGAGGAUCUCUGUCUACUUUUUCACCCAAUCCAGCGCAUAUAAGAGCCCUCAAAAGUGCUUUUGCUAAUGCUAAAAUUUCGACUGGUCAUCUCAAGUGUCCAAAAAAAUAUGUUGUGAAAGAUAUUGCUGAAAAGGCAGCUAAUAGAGACACAUUUUCUUUAAAUGAAAAUGGAAUCGAGAAAGAGAUUACUGUUGCCGAUUAUUUCCGAAAAAAAUAUAAAAUAGUCUUGAAAUACCCUAAUCUACCUUGUUUAAUUACGCGUAACAACUCCAGAAUCCCAAUAGAAGUGUGUAAAAUUGAACCAAAUCAAUCAUCACAAAGUAUUAAAAGGCCUCUAAGUGCACAAGAAAAGGCUGAAAUGAUCAAACUUACCGCUACUGAACCUGAUGAAAGGUUUACGUGUUUAUUACAAGCACAUGCACAGAUUUGUGGUCUAGUCAAUGAAGAUCUUGGAGAUUUCAAGUUGGGCAUUCAUGUCUCUCCAAUUGGCGUUGAAGGAAUUGUUCUGAAUGCACCAAGACUUUCAUAUCACGGAGCAGAAUUCACACCAAAAGAUGGCGCAUGGAACCUUCAAGACAAAAGUUUUUUCAGAAAAAUAACUUUUGACAACUUUGGAGUUUUAAAUUUCUGUGCUUCCCAGCAAGAAGUUGAGUCUUUUUGCGCAGCGUUUACCAAAAAAGCAUCUGAAAUGAAAAUGAUCACAAGACCAGGUCGAAGCCCAUUGGUCGAAAGCAUAAAGGAUUAUAUGGAAAUGACGAAAAAGGGAUUAGACAAUAUCAUCAUGAAUACGCUAACAGCAAUGAAAAAUAAGAAAUGCGCUUUUGCGUUGUGCAUUUUUCCAGACAUUAAAGAUAUCAGACAUAAUAAUAAAGCAAUUUAUAAUUUGACAAAAAGAAUAGCUGAUACUAAACUGAAUUUCCCGACCCAAGGUGUAACUUUGGAGAGUGUGCAACGUUGUUCAGCCCAGACCAUAACUAACACUUUAGCAAAGGUUAAUAAGAAACUUGGUGGCAUCAAUGUAAUUCUCAAAGAGACUAUCAAACCCAAUCUUCUUCAGUUCAAGAAAAAUAAUAAGAUAAUGAUCAUUGGAGCUGAUGUCACUCAUCCAGGUACCGGAGAUGAGCUUCAAUCAUCAGUAGCUGCUUCGGUUUCAACUUAUGAUGCAAAUCAUACAAUGUUUUAUCCAUCAGUUCGUGUUCAACCUAAAAAAGAUGGAAAGAGAAUCGUUGAAGUCAUCAAAGAUUUCAAGUCUAUGGUCCAGGAGCACCUGAAAAAUUUCUCAAAAGUGAAUAAUUCGUUUCCUGAUAUAAUUCUGUAUUUAAGAGAUGGAGUCUCUGAUGGAGAAUAUAGACGAAUUUUGAAUGAAGAAGUCAUUCAUUUAAAGAAUCCUUUUGGUAAUAAAUAUAAACCCAAAGUUACUGCUUGUGUUAUCAGCAAACGUAUCCUUACUCGAACUAGACCAAUAGACCCAGAGGAUGCAGUUAUGAAGAACGUUCCACCAGGAACAACAAUUGACAGAAUUAUCACUCAUCCAUCAGACUUCGAUUACUUCCAGUAUGGCCAUAAAGGUAUUAAGGGUACAUCACGUCCAUGUCAUUAUUAUAUGCUUCACGAUGAUAACAAUUUAACAAUAGAGGAAAUGUCUAAGAUUACUUAUUAUUUGUGUCAUAUAUUUGAACGAUCCACCUCAUCGACAUCGGCUCCAGCUCCUGUUAUGCACGCUCAUAAUCUUGCCUUCAAAGUGCGACAAUGGAUCUGCAGCAAAGAUGUGAAAUAUAAUCGCAGAGUAUUAAAACCAGAAGAACGAUUUCAGGAAGAAGAAAAAAUUACCAGAGAAUUGAAUUCUGAGUUCUCAAAUAUUAAUGAUCAUUACGCUAGAUCUUGUAUGUUUUAUAUCUAAAUACAAAAAAAUGAAAUAUGCACUAAUUUAUUUGAUAAUUUUAUACAAUAAUCCGUUUCAAUUAUUUAAAAAUUUGUAAUUUGAAAAGUCAUUGUAACUUAUUAACAACUAUGUAAUUCUAGAUAUUUAAUUAUCAUUCCAACAACCAUGAGAAGUCAAAGCAAUAAUAAAUCAUUAAGAAUUUUUAUGUUU